GACACUCAGGCAGCAGUAAUGGCGUCCUCCGCGGCGACCCGAGCGGCGGCUGGUGCAGUCAAAGUUGUCAAACCGAUAUUUAGCCGGGACCUGGAUGAGGCCAAGCGCAGGGUCCGGGAGCUGUACCGAGCCUGGUACCGUGAAGUCCCUAACACAGUGGCGCUGUUUCAGCUGGACAUAACACAACGACAGGGAAGAGACAAAGUGAGGGAUAUGUUUGACCGAAACAAGCACAUCACAGACCCCCGUGUGAUUGAUAUGUUAGUCAUUAAGGGGAAAAUGGAACUGCAGGAAACGAUCCACGUCUGGAAGCAGAAGACUCACAUUAUGCGGUAUUUCCACGAGACUGAGGAACCUCGUCCUACUGACUUCCUGUCCAAAUUCUACCGGGGCCAUGACCCAUGAACUGUGUAGAUUUUUGCCUACCUUUGACCCCACUUUCCUUGUGUCCAGUGUGACAGAUGUUCCACUUAACUGUAAAUACAAACAUAACUCUCA